UUUACUUUUUUAGGGAAUGUUUGUUAUUUGUUCAUAUGCCAUUUGCUUUAUUACAGCUUUGUUGCAGGGACACUUGUUUCUUGACAUGUCUUUAAAUAGGCGAAAUUUUCAUGCAAGCAACAAUCAAGUGAAAUCAUCUCGGCGCCUUAUGGGAAAUUGAUUUUCAAAUUUGACACCGAGACUCAACAGCUUUUCAAAACGCGGGCGUAUUUUUUGCAGCGCGGCUCAUGCUGAAGUCAUUCUCCGUCUCAUACAACAGCAGCCAAGGACAAGGGAGCAUCAGCAGAGAGAGGUAAAAGAGGAGAGAGAAAGGUGCCUCCUCUCGCCAUUGCUAUAAUUGUCUCGCUGUUGAAUCGAUGUCGGUGUAAGAGCCGCUCUAACGGGAGGCGACAGGAGGAGAAGCGUGGGAUUUAACUUCACACACGGACAAACCUAUGCUUGGAUUUCGGCUCUUUUUCCCUUCGCCAAUGCAAAAGGAAAUAUGCAGCGAAGCUUCACCAUCCUCUACACCAGUUUACUGGGGAUGUGCUUGGGUUCAAGCUCAAGUUUUCCAAGUAACAUCAAUAUAGGAGGAUUGUUCCCAACCGAAUCGCACGAAUAUGAGGUUUUUCGGUUCGCCCUGUCGCAACACCAGGACAUCCCUAAACUGGUGCCGCAGGUGGAUAUGGUCAAGAUGGGGAAUAGCUUCUCCAUGACAUAUGCCUUUUGCUCCCAGUUCUCCAAAGGUGUGUACGCCAUCAUCGGUCUGUAUGACAGGAAGACAGUCAACAUGCUCAUGUCCUUCUGUGGGGCGCUGCACGUCUGCUUCGUCACGCCGUCCUUCCCCAUAGAGACGGCUAACCAGUUUGUCAUCCAGCUGAGGCCUGAGCUGCAGGACGCUCUGGUGGGAGUGAUCGACCACUACGGAUGGACCAAGUUUGUCUACAUGUACAGUUCUGAUUCAGGCCUGUCAGUGCUGCAGAAGGUCCUGGACACAGCAGCAGAGAGGAACUGGCUGGUUACCUCGGUUAAUGUGGAGACCAUGACAGAGGCCUCUUUCUUGAAAGUGUUCCAGGAUUUGGACAAGAGGAAGGAGGGCCAGAUUAUCAUCGACUGUGAGACUGAGAGGCUCACUGGCAUCCUCAAAAAGAUUGUUGAACAAGGCAAGAAUGCAAAGAGCUAUCACUACAUCCUGGCUAACCUGGGUUUCCUGGACAUCGACCUGACAGACUUGAGGAAAGGUGGGGCGAACAUCACCGGCUUCCAGCUCGUCAACAACUCGGAGCCCGGCGUCAGCCGCGUCGUCCAGCAGUGGAUGGAGUUUGACAACAAGGACUCCAAAGUGCCCAAGAGUGGACUCAAAUACACAGGCGCUUUAACAUAUGACGGGGUGAAAGUCAUGUCCACGGCCUUCCAGAAUCUAAGGAGACAGAGGAUAGACAUUUCUCGCAGGGGCAACGCCGGAGAGUGUCUUGCCAACCCACCAGCUCCCUGGGGACAGGGCAUAGAUAUCCAGAGAGCCUUGCAGCAGGUCCGUAUAGAUGGAUUGACUGGUCACAUUCAGUUCAACGAGAAAGGCCGCAGAACCAACUACACCGUGAGCGUCAUGGAACUGGCCCCAUCUGGACCUAAGAAGGUUGGCUACUGGAACGAGGAUGAGAAAUACGUGACCACCGCCAGCUUCAUGAGAGGCAGCAACGAGACUUACGGCCUGCAGAACAGAACGUACAUAGUCACCACUAUCUUGGAGUCUCCAUAUGUGAUGCUGAAGAAGAACCAUGAGCAGCUCGUGGGAAACGAUAAGUACGAGGGCUACAUCGUCGAGUUGGCUGCAGAGAUAGCCAAACACGUGGGCUACCAGUACAAACUGAAGAUUGUUUCAGAUGGCAAGUAUGGAGCCAGGGAUCCUGAAACCAAGAUGUGGAACGGCAUGGUGGGCGAACUGGUGUAUGGGAAAGCAGAUGUGGCUGUGGCUCCUCUGACCAUCACCCUGGUCCGUGAAGAAGUCAUCGACUUCUCCAAGCCCUUCAUGUCCCUUGGUAUCUCCAUCAUGAUUAAGAAACCCACCAAAUCCAAACCUGGUGUGUUUUCAUUCCUGGACCCGCUGGCUUACGAGAUCUGGAUGUGCAUAGUGUUUGCCUACAUUGGCGUCAGCGUCGUCCUCUUCCUUGUCAGUCGGUUCAGCCCGUACGAGUGGCACGCUGAGGACUACGAGGAGGGAGGUGAGCCACAGACUCCCACUCAGGCUGCAGCCUCUAACGGAAUGCAGCAGGGCCAGACGCCAACUCAGCAGAACACCAACCCACAGAGUCCUGAGCAGACCAAUGAGUUCGGCAUCUUCAACUCCCUUUGGUUUUCACUGGGCGCCUUCAUGCAGCAGGGAUGCGAUAUCUCACCACGCUCUCUGUCUGGCCGUAUUGUUGGAGGCGUGUGGUGGUUCUUCACCCUUAUCAUCAUCUCCUCCUAUACUGCCAACUUGGCUGCCUUCCUGACAGUGGAGAGGAUGGUGUCUCCUAUAGAGAGUGCUGAGGAUUUGGCCAAGCAGACUGAAAUCGCCUAUGGAACGCUGGAUGCCGGUUCCACCAAAGAGUUCUUCAGGAGGUCUAAGAUCGCUGUGUUCGAGAAGAUGUGGUCCUACAUGAAGGCGGCUGACCCAUCUGUGUUUGUCAAGACCACGGACGAGGGUGUAAUGAGAGUCAGGAAGUCCAAGGGCAAGUAUGCCUACCUGCUGGAGUCCACUAUGAACGAGUACAUAGAGCAGAGGAAACCCUGCGACACCAUGAAGGUGGGAGGGAACCUGGACUCUAAAGGUUAUGGCAUCGCCACACCCAAGGGCUCCCCUCUCAGUUUGCGCACGUCACACAGACAUUUACAACUCCAUCGUGCCCAUAUUCAUGACUGAAGCCCAUCUUUGUUUGUGUCUGCAUAUGUACGUAUGCAGCCAGCCUAUUCGUAGCUGACUUGUGAGCACUGGCAGAAGUGUAAAGUACGACUAUGGAAUAUGUUCCCACACUUGUUUUCCUGCUGCCCUUUAAUUACAUUCUUCUUCAUAAGUAUUUGCGAUGGCUGGUUUCAUGCGGUCUGCUUUGAAACUCGAGCAUCCCCUGGAACACACACGCAUACAAGAUGUAACUGCACCUCUCACAAACCAGCAGGGCUUUUGAAGCAGGAUCCCAAAUACAAGGAGCACAUCCCAUAUGGCUACUUUCCCACUUACACCAGGGCUCGCACCUUGAAUGUAGUCAGCAGAGUUGAAUUUAUAUUUGCCAUAUUCAAUGUAAUGAUUGAUGCAAUGAAUGAUAAUUCAUACUUGAUGUACUUAUGCCAUCGAUGUCCAAGAGCAGCAGCUGUCAUUUCACAUUACAUUAACAUAUUAACCAACUUCCCAUUCAUAUUUCUCCUGUUACUACAGAGAGAGAACAGGAGCUGGUGGCAUCUGAAGCUUUUAAUCUGUCUCUAAUAGGCCCCAUUCAUUUUAAUGAAAGGAGCCAUAUGGGGAGAUUUCAUUCAAACUCUCUGAGGAUUCAUUCGGCUUCCACCUUGGUUGACAGCCAAAGGUCAGAACACGCUGACAAGCCUUAGUCAGUGGCUCCUUAUAAAAUCCAGACAAAUUGGAUUUCAUACUGCCAGUAAGUGCUGUAUUAGUAGUAAGACAAGUGGUGAAUUGAAUCUGCUCCCAAAUCAUGUCGUCAGCUUGGUCUAAACGUACAGUGUAGCAAUGCCAUGCAGUGUUGAACAGCCGAGGAUGGCCCCCAUUAUCUCCCUCUCUUUGUGUUAAUUAUUAGCCAACGAUGUGUGUUAUUCGCAGGUUGCCACUCUGUCCAUUCACAGAUGUCUGAUACUGAGUUUCACUAACAGAUAACAAAUGUUCAUGAUUGGACGUUUUGUGUUAAAGGAAUGGAAAUGAGAAUAAUUCGAAUGUUUUUUAUGGGUCAGGGAGAAGUGAACUGAUUGUGCUGCUUACCUAGAAUCCGACAUAUGUGAAUGUCCUGUCAGUUCAAAGAGUUCAGUUCAAUUAUAACUGUAAUGCAUUGUUGAUACAUGACUUUGUAUUGCUGAAUUUUCAAUUUGCUGAACAUUAGGGAUGCACCGAUCUGACUUUCUCUCUCAAGAUACUGAGUCAGAUACAUAAUCUCAGAGUAUCUGCUCAUACCGAUCAGAUACCAGUUCACAUUGCGUGGAACUCAUUGGGAAAAUUCUUAUGUAGAUUAACUGUAGCUAAAGAAAAACAUCAAUUCAGUUUUUGGUUAAAUUAGCUAGCCAUGAUUACAACACUUUCUGUUUCACUGCAUUCACGUUAAAAUGCAUUUAUUGUGCUUCACAAGUGGAGAGUAACAAUGGUGGAAAGAAACUAAGUACAUUUACUCAGUUACUGUACUGAAGUAUAAAAUUUGAAGUACUUGAAGUAGUUUUACUCCAGUACAAUUAUCUGACAGCUGUAGUUACUAGUUACUUUUUAGAUUAAGAUUUUUUCAUACAAAACAUAUGAAGAAUUUAUAAAAUAUGAUGCUUUGUGAUAAAUGAAAGUACAUACCUAACAAUAUACAUAAGUAGAGCUGAAAUGAUCAGUUGAUUAAUCGAUUAGCUGAUUGACAGAAAACUUAGCCUAUUUUGAUAAUCUUUGCCAAAAUGCCAAACAGUUCAUGGUUCCACCUACUCAAAUAUUUGCUGCUUUUCCUAUAACUUAUUUUAGUAAUUUUUAUUAUUUUUAAUAAUUGUGAGGUUUGAGCAAAACAAACACAAUUAUUUUCUGAACUUUUACUGACAAAACAGUCAGUUGAAUUGAUUAAUUGAGCAGGUAAUCAGCAGAUUAUUCCAUAAGGAAAAUUAUUAUUUACAGCCCUAAAUAAAUACAUCUCAACCAACUACAACAGUAAAAUGCUGCCUAGACAUUAAUGUAACAGUAGCGAUAGUCUAAUGUUGAAAUAAUAUAACAGUCACAUGGGACAUUUUUCUGCGUGAGUACUUAAGUACUUUUUCCUGAUAAUACUUACAUACUUUCAGUGCAUGACCUUAACUUGUAAUGUAUUUUAAAUUUUUACAGAGUGGUAUUAGUACUUUUACUUAAGGAUCUGAAUACUUCCUUCACCACUUAGACUAGCAGCAGUAAAGCAACGGAAUGAAGCAGAAUAGAAAAUCGCACAUGUAUAAUGUGGAUUGUCACUUAUGGCCGAAACAGAUCUCACAACAUUGAACUUGUCAUUGGAUAUAUAAAAAUAUAUAUGUUGUAUUAUUUUUGUUGCACUGCAGCCCCUAAUUGAAAGUAGCUCUUUGAAAACAAAGCUACUCAAAUGACAUAACUCUUUGUUUUACAGGGCGGUCAUCAAAGAACACUUCCUGAUCCUGAUUCCUGUUUAAUGUUCUGUAUAUAUUCUGUGCUUCCUGCUCCAUUUCUUACAUGCACGAUGUCCAGCCACCCCCAUGUCUGCCUGACUGUUUACCCCAUCCUGCCUAACAUACAGUAGCCUCCCUGACAUCUGCUCGCCUCGAACCAACUGAUCAAACUAACAUAAUGACCUGUAGGUCUCCAGACCAUUCAUGUCCACACACUUUGACUUCUUUCUUUCUGUCUGAGUCCACUGGGCUGAGAAAGAAUUCAGAGGUUUUACCAGCUCCGUGUUCCCUACAGCUGUGUUGUGAACUCAAGGUUGGGGAUAAAGACUCUUCUGCGUCCACUGGUGAGAAAGGCAGAAUGUUACCAAGCUAAAUUGUUGCUGCUGAAGAGAAGAACAGACACUGAUUCGAGAGCAAAGACAAUCUGACAAAGUCUGUAAUCUUAACUUCUUUUAUGCAAAUUAUGAUGUCAGAUUUUGCCUUUCUGUGAUUUGUGGAUGGAGAGAGUCUUUGUUCACGGCCAGUCAGCUAUAGGAAAUACACACACACACUCACCAGAGAGAGAGAGCAACCUUUGAGGAGAUGCUUUGGACGAGACGGUUCGUAUGGUCUCAGGACUCUCUAUAGUUGGUCACACAGUUUCCUUUCAGCCUGUUAAAGACAUAAACUUUCCAUGAAAGUGAACCUGACUGUUAAAACAUUCAAAGCCUCAGUCUGUAUCUCUGCUGAUAGUUAUAAAUGAAUCAACAUGGGCCUCUAUCCACCAGGAUGCCGUUAUGGGUUGAAUAUUGAUAGGUUAGUUACCAUAGCAAUCUGUAUGCUGGUGCCACUGAAAGGAAAUUACCAUCUGUAGACAGUCCUCUGUAUCCAAGUCAUCUCCAUUUAUAGUGUCUGCUCUGCCUCUCUCUGAGGCCCCUGCUUGGUAAAACCUGACUUUACUACUGUAUGGGUGCUCAGCAUUUUAGCCCCAACUAACAUAUAUUGAACAUGUGCAUCCAAAGCCAGGACUCCUGCUUCAUAUCAGUAGUUAUCAGCAGGAGAGUCUCAAAUAGAAAGUCAAUGUUGUCAUAAUCACCACCACCAUGCGACCAAUCUUUUUAUAUCUGUCCCAUAGAGUGUCUCCUAAUGACUAUCAUUUUAUAUUAU